AGGGAAGAUUAGCGGAAGGGACCUAUUUGGAAGACUUGGAAAAAGGAAAGGAAAAGGAAUAACGAGGAACCAUGGCAGCUGUGAUUGCUUCUUGCGGUACUUUAGGGAAGAAGUUGACACAUUGGAUAACGGCUACAGUCUGCCUCCCAAAUCCCGGAACUCGCUCGGUGCUGUGGAGAAGAGGUUGUUCACAAUAUAAACAGGGAACCAGCAAUGAGGACCUGCCUGUUCCAAUGGAAAAUCCUUAUAAGGAGCCUCUUAAGAAAUGUAUCUUGUGUGAGAAACGUGUAGAUUAUAAAAAUGUACAGCUUCUGUCCCAAUUUAUUUCUCCGUUUACUGGAUGCAUUUAUGGAAGACAUAUAACAGGUCUUUGUGGGAAGAAACAGAAAGAAAUUACAAAAGCUAUUAAGAGAGCUCAAAUAAUGGGGUUUAUGCCAGUUACAUACAAGGAUCCUGCAUAUCUCAAAGACCCUAAAGUUUGUAACAUCAAAUAUCGGGAAUAAAUGAUAUAACGUUAUUAACAAUAAACUUAUUUUAUAAUAAAUUGACCUCAAACUAA